AUGGAGCCACGGCAAGUAGAGGCACUGGAUGAUGAAGAUGAUUGGACGGGCGUGGCGAGCGCCGCCGAAAGACGAAGACGGCAGAACCGGGUCCACCAAAGAGCCUACCGUAGGUCCAUUCCGCAGCCCAGUUCGUCAAACGUGCUAUCCCGGCAAAAGAGACACCUGAAGCGCAUUGCACUCAACAGUGCUUCAACUUCGGCGUCAGCAGAGCCUCAAGCCGAGACGUCCCUCGUCCCCGAUGCAUCGCUUAACGCACGCAGACCCAUGACUCUGUCGCGGAUGCAGGAGAUGUAUGGGAUCUACUAUUUGCUCAGAUGCGCAGGCAUACGCGAAAAUGUGGUCGAAUUCCUUCAAAGAGCCUCUUCGAACUGGAACCUCCGGCUCCCCACCCCGCGAGACCUUCCUGCUCUCACGAGACUCAACGCGUUCGACGCACUAGCAAGAAAUGCGCUGGUACUAGGCAUUCCGGUAGAAUUGAUCGAGAGCGACGAGGGUAACUCUCUCUUCAUACAUCAAGGCCCCGCGCGGCCCGGAUCCAGCGAGGUCUUGCCGCCUCAUCUCUCACCAACGGCGCUGCAAAGGACUGUCAAGCAUCACCCAUGGCUAGACCUAUUCCCAAUACCGAAGAUGAGAGAUAACAUACUUCGUGGUAUUCGAGCGGGCGAAAUAGACGAAGAUGAGCUGUGCAACGCUUUAGUCUGCGACCUCUUGGACUUGGACUCCCCCUCCAAAUCAUCGCUUGUCAUAUGGGGAGACGCCUGGGACUUGAAUGGUUGGGAGCUGGGUCCCGAAUUCUUCAGGAGAUGGGGCGGGCUAGUGCAGGGCUGCCCCGAAGUGCUCGUUGCUACCAACUACUGGCGACAAAAAAGAGGUGUAGGAAAAAUAAGAGAGAUCAACUCGGGCAGCUCUCCGGCGUUCAAUACCACAUAA